CUAUGGCGGAUUAUGGCAGAGUUGGGUAGCAACAGAUCAAGUGUCAUCUGUGAUGAUGAGAACGAUUUACUUAAAAUUGAAGCAGAGGGGGCCGUAAGAGAAAUAUCAUUCGCAGUAAAACAUGUGGAGAUAUCCAAAUCUUUGCCUUCGUCACAGAAUGUUGUGUUUCUGAACUUGAAAACCAAAGAAGAUGAAUCUAUCUGUGUUGAGUUGAGCGUCAAAGGAUUCCGUAUUAUUGGUAAAAUAUUUGAUCACAUUGAUGAGAGCAAAGCAUCACCAUUCUAUGAGACGAUCUAUGCCCUUUUGGACAACUGCAGUCCAGGUUACAGGAAUACGUUUGGUGAAACUCUUUUCUCAAGACUUCAGCAACUGCAGUCCGAGGACCAAGGGGAGACAACUUCCAAAGACAGUUCAGAUUCCUGAAUCAAUGGUUUUCUUUAUGUUGACUUGGUUAUUGGCUCUAUAAUUGCCAAAACGUUCAGUCAGCUUCUCUGUGUUGCAUGAUGGUAGUGUUAUAAUCACACAGUGGCCAAAGUCUGUUUAAUUUUAACAUUUUAUGUAUUGCAUUGUGGAUCCUGCAGGUCAGUUAUUUAAAAUAGAUUACCAGUAGAAACAAAUUGCUAAUAAAUGGGGAUCACUUGUGAAGUUUAUCAUUCCCCUGUUUCCAGGUGGUUCCCUGGAAUACUACAAACCGGCCUCGGUAGUGUCGUGGUUAAGUCAUCGAACAUACGGCUGGUGGGUACAGGUUCGCAACCCAGUACCGCCUCCCACCCAGAGCGACUCAAUGGGUAGGUGUAAGACCACUACACCCUCUUCUCUCUCUCAUUGACAACUAAUGACUAACCCACUGUCCUGGACAGACAGCCCAGAUAGCUGAGGUGUGUGCCCAGGACAGUGUACUUGAACCUUAAGUGGAUAUAAGCACAGAAAUAAGUUGAAAUGAAAUGAAAAAUACUACAAAGCUGCCCAUCACUAGCCAAAUACAUAAUGUGACAUAAAAGGGCAUAUGUAUGAAAAUAAUUAUCUUUACAUGUACAUGUAGCAUAGUUAUAACAGGGAACAUUUUGCUUUCAAACUUUUGAUUAGCGACAUUUUGGUCAACUGAAGGUUCAUUAGCUGUUUAAUGUUUUAAAAUUGUUCAGCGAUCUCUGAAAUUUACGUAGCGAAUCUCGACACAAUACUGAACAAAAUGUUCCCUGUAUAAAUAAAUCAUACUUAAGUUCAAAGUGAAGAAAAUGAUCAUAGUAGUUAGAUUGUUACAUUUAAUGUAAUGCAUGAUACAAAUAUAAAUUAUUUGCGAUCUUUAUCAGUUUGUCAGGCCAGUUAUCUAAAAUAUUUAAUGAAAAUAGGCCAGGUAGUUCAAUCAGUUCAGUUUUAUUUAUUUUAAAACUGGAAAUAUGAAUAUUACAUUUAAAGUGCUUAUUCAGAGAAAACAGCUUACGUGUGUAACCCAAUGCUAGUCAGUGGUGGACUGUCGUAGAACGUAAAACGACAGCACCUGUGUAUACAUGCAACUGAUCACACUGAAAGAGCUUAUUUCUAGUCCUAUUACCAUUAUAAUUAUUCACAAUGUUUUUUUUUUAUAUAAUUAUUUACAAAGUUGUUUUACAUAAUUAUUUAUUUGAUUUUAAGUGAAUUCGAUUUCAAGUGAACUAAUUAUACAUUUGAUUUUAAGUGAAUUCGAUUUCAAGUGAACUAAUUAUAUAUUUGAUUUCAAGUGAACUAAUUAUUUAUUUGAUUUUAAAUGAAUUCGAUUUCAGGUGAACUAAUUAUAUAUUUCAUUUCAAGUGAACUAGACCCAUUUUUUUUAUAAAAUCCACAAGCCAUGGGAUCGGUGAUUUUAAAAAUGUACUAGUCAUGAUUAAAAGUUCACUAG